AGUCAAUAAAAAAAAAUGUGUUUAUUAUUUGGCCGCAGGCUAUAUCAUUAUAUCUAUAUUAGCGUUCGUCAAAUAACUACAGGUAUAUUGAAUUUAAAAAAACAUAAGUAUAAAAUCAUCACGAAUAGUUUUAAAAAUAUCUUUUUACUGUGAGAUUGUGACCAUGGCAGGGCAAAUAACGUUUGAUUUAGCUGGUAAAUAUAAAAUACCAGCGGUAGGAUUUGGAACUUUUGCAGCUACAGAUGAAAAAGAAUUGGAAGCUGCGUUAGAUGCAGCUUUCGAAGCUGGUUAUAGACAUGUAGACACAGCUACAAUUUAUGGCAACGAACAUAUCAUAGGAAACGUCUUGAAGAAAUGGUUUGAUUCAGGAAAAUUAUCCCGAAAAGACGUUUUUAUCACCACGAAGUUGCCCCCAGAUGGGGUACACCCAGACAGGGUUGAGAAAUUUCUGUUAGAAUCUUUGAAAAAACUACAGUUAGACUAUGUAGACCUGUACCUGAUACAUUUACCCAUUUGUACAUCGGGCUUUUUAGCUCAUGGGCCAGAAUCAGCCAAACCUGAGCCAACAGAUCAUGUGGCUACUUGGAAGAAACUAGAAGAACAAGUGGAUCUGGGUAGAGCAAAAUCCAUUGGAGUUUCAAAUUUUAAUAUCAGUCAAGUCAAGAGAAUUCUGGAUAAUGCAAGAAUCAAACCGGCAGCCAAUCAGGUUGAAUUGCACGUUUUUUUGCAACAACCUGAACUGGUGAAGUUUUUAAAACAGAAUGGGAUUUUGCCCAUUUCUUAUUCUACCUUGAGCAAUCCAGGAAUCAACAAGUACUAUGAGAAGGUUGGUAGACCACUUCGAAAGAAUGCUCCAGACCUCCUGGGCAACGCAACAGUAAAAUCCAUUGCCGAAAAACACCACAAAACAGCUGGACAAAUAUUGCUGAAGUACUGGAUCCAGAAUAAUGUUCCGAUCAUUCCAAAAAGCGUCACUCCAAGCAGAAUUAAGGAAAAUAUCGACUUGUUUGACUUUUCUCUGGACGAAAAUGAUCUAAAAGCUUUGGAAAGUUUGGAUUUGGGUGAAGCAGCAAGGACGGCCACUUUUCUAUUGAGUAAAGAAUUUAUUGAGCAUCCAGAAUAUCCUUUUCCAAAAAGGCCAUUACCAUAAGUUAAUAUAAGAAUCACAUAUCACACGAAGUAUUGUAAAUAUAAGUUCAUAUUAAAUAAACUUUUGGUCACGUGAUUAAGCUUGACGGGCACAGUGUUGCCCAUUUUUACAUAUUUUCUUUUAAUCAUA